UUCACCUUCGGUUGCCUUAGAUCCGAUUCUCGUUUGGUGGCUGUUGGCGAAGAAGUAACCGGAGUUGAGGUCGGUGGUGUAGUCCAGUGUCGCCGAGGUGGCCUAAGAAGAGCAUGGAGAGGAUAAAUCGAGUGGUGUUGGAGACCGAGUUGACUCGGCAGAGCCAUGGCCGAGUCCGAAAAUCCCGGCAGGUAGACGACAAGAUAAGAGAGAACAGUCGCCCACUUCACAGCGCAGAGAAUGGAGAGGUUGACAAAGACCUCGUUGCCCGGAGAAGAAGCGGGGCGUGUGCGCGUGACGGCGACUGGCCUGCGAAGUUCAGUCCGGCGAUGAAUCAAGCAUGGCUGAUAGUUACAUGGAUGCUCCUCGAACUGCCGUCGCCUUUUUGCUCCUCGAACUGUAGCCGACGGCAAGCUCGAGCUCUACAAAUCUCAGGCUUUGGGGAAAGAAAAUGGAGGCUGGGGCAGUCACGGUGCUCUAAAUUGAUGAUUGGGGUUGCGAAUUGGUGGUUUGGGGCUGCUGUUUGGUUGCUUGAUUUGGUUGUUGGAGUUUGAAUUUGGGUGUUGAUUACCAUGGGUGGCUGAAUUUUGUGUUUGCAGGCCAACUUUGUGAUUGGGUGGUUCUUGUUUUGGGGAUUGAAGAUGCAGCAAGCCAAAAAAACGAUGAGUUUGACGUGGAGAGUUCUGGAAAUUGGGGAUGGAGAGUAAGAACGGGUUAUACCCGGGAAUUGAUGGGUAAUAUUCAUUUUAAUUUUAUAUUAAGUAACCACGUGUGAUUGGGCCACGUGUCCAGUUCGGAUAAACUUCAUCCGGACCGGAAGUCUUUCGUUACCCAGAACUCAAAGGAAGUCUGUCUAAUUUACCCAUAUGUACACCCACACGAUAAUUUACCCCGUGUAUAUAGAUAUACAUAUGUGUGUAUGUGUAUAUAUAUAUACAUAUGCACACACACGAUAUGGUAAUAGACUAAUAGGUACCGAUAUCUCAUCGCUUAGGUACCGAUAUCUCAUCGCUUCAGGGUACAGCCGUUCUAGAUAGAGAUAACCAAAAACCCUCACUCUCUCAUACCUCACGGCCUGCCACCGAAGCCGGCUUCGUCAACCUCACUGACCACCCACUGGUUUUACGGCCUACGGUGGAGUGGGGAUUUGAACUCGGGCACACCUGCUCGUGGAGCUGGUUGCUCUAUCAACUAGGCCAGUAAUGGCCUCUUGUUUCGUUAUUCUGAUAUUGGAGCGCCUUUUAAGGAGGUCAGAAUUCAGAGCAGAUACUGUAAUUGGGGCAAGGAUGUCUGAGUUUGGAUAUGCUCAUCUAAAGGAAGAAAUUGGUCGUGAUGUCAUAGAAACAUUGACAGAGAUUGUUUGGUAUGAUGACAAACCUUUAUUUCUCUCUUUUAUGAAGGAGCUAUUUCAAAGAGAAGUACCAAAAACAGAAGAAGUUAGAAAGAAGGAAUCAUUUGAUUAUCAAGCUAAAUAUUGCCCACCAAUAAUUUUGCGUCACAUUUGUCAGUUUGGCAUAAUAGGUUGUGCCAUUGCUUUUCUCAGAGGGGAGACUGGUUUCACCGCUGAUCUCAAUAUUCCCUUUAACAAUGGAUUAUAUCCAUUGCAUUUAGCAGCUAAUAGUUUAUCAUAUGAAAUGAUUGCGACAUUACUUUGCCAUGGAGCUCGGACUGAUGUCAGAACCAUAGAGGGUGAAUUUAGGGGCGACUUGUUUCCUCUCAACGUAUCACUUGAAACAGUAAGUUAUCAUCGAUCCUUGAUUGAUUGGACCCCAAAACAAUCUAUCUUCAAGUUGAUCGUUGUUCUUUGUCUGCCUCAAAUGAAGGUACUAUUAGAAAUUAAUAGGUUGCUGGCAUGGAACACAAAGGAGGUUGAUAAAAUAUUUAGUCAUUAUGCUAUGGAGGGAGAACUUAUUGAGAUGGCUACUCUACUGAUGGUUGCUCGAGAAAAGUUAAUCCCUUUGAGCAUGUCAAUACGCAAAAGCAUCAUUGAAGAGAUUGUAGGACUAACUGAAGAUGAAAUCAAAUUGAUCGGAAGUCACAAGAAUGAUAAGUUGGUUGAAGAGAUUGUAGGACUAACUCAAGAUGAAAGCAAGUUGCUCGGAAUUAAUAAGAUUGGUAAGUUGGUUCGGUCGCUUAACGAUAUUAAGGCAGCGAUGACACGGGGAAUACUGUUGCUCGAAGUGUUUGAGAAGGCUGGUGUUGCUCUUGAAAAAUACAGGCGGUUAAUACAAAGUGAAAUGCCAAAAGAAAAGGUGGCCAACGACAUUAAGGCGCUGCUUGAGAGAGCUGGGUUUGUUAUAAACGACAAAGAUGUUGAUUUAAGUGACAUUGACUGUGAAAGUGAAAGUAUCAAAGAGGCAACGGAAGAAUUAGAAGAGAGUUUAACAUUGAGGUCUUAUUCAAAGGAUCUCUGCAUGCCACCUCCCUCACUGUCUAACAGUUUUUCCAAGGAAAAGUCAAUGGACUCAUGAUUGCACUGGGGGUUGACUUGGCCACUGUUUGAAUUGUAAAUGGAAGCUGUUAUAAGGGCACUAAAGGCCGUGCAUUUUCUUAAGAAGCAAAGCUGGGAGGCUUAUGCAAGUGACAAAUAAAAUACAGAAGAUCCUUCUUCUACUCAUGAUGCCGUGUUUUAUAGUUGUUAUUUUAUUAUUUAUUUGAGUUCUAAUCUCUCAACUUUGGCUGAGAGGAAGCCUUAGUAAGUUAGUCUUGUAACUCUAUGUUUUCAAUUGUUAAAUUUGUUUGAUGUUCAUACUAACUCAAUAAAAUAUUUAAACAAUUUUAAAUGCAUGUUCCGGUUUGUUAA